AUGGGCGAUAACACAGCGCAUGAACAAUACACCCAUGCAUAUAAGAGAUACAUGUAUGCACAGCAGCAGCAUUCGCUCCAGCCACAACCAUUGUGGCCUGAAGAAGGACAGUAUCAAUACGGAUACACUAAUCCUAAUACCAAUAAUAACGCAGUCUAUCCGCUUUCGCAGAGUCAGGUAGAUGAGUAUAAUCAUGCACGCAGUCUACCGCGCUAUCCGAAUACUGCGCGACAUAUCGACGAUCCCAACUACAUAUCGGAACCUCAACCAAUACUCCCACCUUACGACUUUUAUAGGACAUCAGAGUGGGCCGGUAGUCGCUAUACACAGGAGCAGCUACGUGCUUCACUCCCCAUGGACAAUCAGGAUGAUGUGAUUCGGUAUUACAGCCAGUUUCCCUCACACGAGCCAACACCACCACAGAUGGAGCGGCUAUCGCUAGACCCAACAUACCGGCACCAACCACCACCAGUAGACCGGCGAAUACCAUACGGUAUCCCGAUAUACAACUACGAGGGCCUAGAGAUUCAGCAACAGCCAAAACAACUGCAGGAACCCCAGCAGCAGCAGCAGCAGCAAAUACAGCAACUGCAACAUCCAGCAUUCGUAGUCUCGUAUGAGGAGCAGCAACUGCAACAACCAGCAUAUGUGGACUCGAAUGAGGGACAACAAGAGAGGUCUUAUAACAAUUCACACAUAUAUAUGAAUACGCAAGAAAUCCAUAAGCCUCUGUUUCGCAAGCCUCGUUCUCAACCAGAGCAACAAUACGCACGAGAUCCUAGCGAGCAAGAGAAUCGCCGGUGGAGUGUACAAGAGCAGCAACAGCACACUAGUGAGGCACAAGUGCAACUGUUUCAACCAGCACUAGCACAAAAUAUGCCCAACGCCCACACGCAGACAGCACGCGAGUCGAAUACGCGUGGAGUAGAGAAAAAGAUAGCGGAAAUCCAUGCAGAGGCUGCUGAGGAGUUAGGCGUGGCUGCUGCGGCCAGCCAUGCAUCAAUUUCGAGUGCGUUGGCGAAAACUAGUAUCAAGGCCAUACUCUCAUCAAAGGCGAACAAACCUACGGAAGUCAGUAAGCAGGUAGUAGGGAGAAAAGUAGAACAAAGUUCAGCAAAUUUUGAUAAUCAAACGGCGAAAAAUGAGUUCUCGUCUAAAGCAAACAACGCUACAAACCCUGGGAACAAUGCAGUACAAAGGAUAGUACCAAGUUCAGCAAGUGUCGACCACCAAAAAGCUAAGAAUGUGCGAGUACUUGGAAAAUCACUUGCUAGUGCUGCACAACAAUCGAUGGCGCAUGUUGAUCAGGAGCCACCUGUAGCAGUCCUCCGUACGAUAGGCUCAGAAAGAUCUAGCGGUGCAAACACGAAUGCACAAAUAUAUGUAAAUACGAAUGCAUACAAGGCUACAACGGUUCAGUAUGAUUUUAGGUCUCCAGAAAUGCCAGAUGCGAAGUUGGGUAACGAGCUGCUAUCUGACCUUGUCGAGUUGGAUAACUUCAAAAACUCCGACGCAAAGGAAAAGUAUGUGAUAGGUGAUAAAUUGCUCUCUGAUAUUGACAAAAUGAUCGAGUCGGGUUGCGAUAAGCUGCUGCCCAGUAGUGCAAACCUCGAGCUCGAGAAAACUGGUGCAAGUAAUUCUGGCAAUCUGAAAACGCUGAAUAGUAGGCCGUCUGACAAAACAUCCGAACGUAUCUCUAGAUUUUCACCAAUCUCGGUGGAUGGUAAAGAUGCUACAAACGACGCGAAAACUAUGCAGAUCUCGUCUGGACACAAGGAUGUGCUGCCGGACAAACCUGCUAUUCAUAGCAGUACGAACGAAGUCACAGUACCCGCUAUAUCAGACGCUGUCGGUGUUAGUAGUGUUACGACUGCCCCCUUUUCGGAGGGAGGUGCCGUGGAUGAGCCAUGUUCUACAGAUGCAUCCUCCCUAAUACAAAAGCAUAUUGGUUUCGUGACCAAUCGUCAGUCUCCGCCCGCAUUGCAAUCAGCGAUACCCCAACGAGCAUCAGAUACAUCGCAUGUUGAGGCAGAUGUGCCACAGAAACCGACUAUGCUUGCACAACCAACACGAUUCAUGCACUCACCACCAGCGAACACACAACCGGCAGUCGCACAAGACAUGUCCACACAAGCAUUUGGGGAUACGAGCUUGGACGACGAGCUACCCGCAGGCAUGCGUAUCACGCCGCGGCGGCGAGUGGAUAGUACUUCCAGUGACAGUCUGGGAGACAGCACGGUCAGCAGUAAAUCCGUGCAAGAAAGCGCAGGGCCGAAUGUUAACGCAAAAGCACAGCCUCAGAAUGUACCAACCAGAAAGCAACGGAACGCGAAGACGAAAGUGGGCACGUACAGCCCACCCCGGGGGCAACCCAGCAAGAAAACUGGUAAAGCGAGCGGGUCUACUACAGUUGAGAGGAAGGGCGGACCAGUACGGCUAGGACGGGGGGCGAAGGAGACUACGAAAUCUCCGAGCGAACCAUGUAAGUCAACCAAGAAUCCGUCUAUAGCUGGUUCGGGCGUCUCUAAAAUAAGAAGGCUUAGACAACUGCCGAGACCCAACUUGAGAGGACUACAACGAGAGCAGGAGGCGAAAGAGAACCAGGGUCUUCAAGAUAACCAACCCCGCAGUAUGCUUGGAGUGAGUACGCACACUACUACAAGCACAGACAUGUACGGGAAAAGAGAGUCGCAUUCAGCCAGUGGUACUGGCCGCAUAGUCGUUGACAUCACACAUUCGGACUCUGAAGAUAUCAUGAGCGACGCGCCAUCGCCUACAGCUUCGCUCACAGACAGUACACAUGCACCACCGCUUUCAAGCCCCGCUUCACGGCCGAACGCGAGGGACCCUCCGAAUGGAAGGGGAGGAUUGUCUAGUUCAAAUAUGCCUGCCUACAGAAUGCGUUCCUUUUCGUCUCGGGCGGGCAGUACUUCGCCGCCGCCGGCGCUACUGCGGGUCAGCUAUACUUCACCUCCAGCACUGCUGCCACUCACCACAUCACGGGACAGCAACCGUGAUAGUCGUAGCGCUGAGAACAGACAUGAUCUGUCCUUGCAGAAGCGCCUAGUAGAGGAUGGUCAAGUUGUACCUCCGUUCGAAGAGCAGCCCAACCGAGGUAUCACAACACGCUUCUUGACUGAUUAUAUGAAUGUGCAUCGAAGCCUAAAGACUUUGCAGGAGAGGCUCUUUGUUUUGUUCAAUGUUUUGCUUCAGAUGAUCAAAUCGCACUCGGAAGAAAUAUGUGAGACGAAUAUCCGCAAUAGAUAUUUGACCAUACCGCAUAUGCCGUAUAGUCGGGAAACGCUGAGCAAGUUCGACAUGCCAAGAGGUCGGACCCCCGAAGGAGAAAGGGUGGUGAUGAUCAAUGACUUCUUCACAUGUGCCCUGGCACUCGCACUCGUCGAUGAACUGUGGCAAGGAUUGUCUGGAUUAGGUCAAAAGGGUUGGCUGCUAUCUCAACUGCGCGCGAUCAACGUCUCCCGGUCUGUGGAAGGAGCGCUCAAGGGUCUUCUGGUCAACGUUGAAAGCAAUGACUUGUGGGCGUAUGAGCCCACACCCACUCACCUGUCACGCGCAGCACGUCGUGCGAAUACAAAUGUCAAUGCCAAUGCCGACGGGAGUGAUAAUUUGAACAUAGACGCGAAUGUAGAUACAAUUGUAGCACAAGGUGGUGAUCUAGCACGUGCGGGCGCAUCGAGUGCGGUAUCAGAAGUACAAGGUAUAGACAAUGAGUACGCUAUGGGUUCGGGCGAGAUGUAUGGUGCGGAUAAGGAUCUCAUAUCCGACGGUAUGAACGAUUCAGAUAGCCAAAGCACACCUGACAAUACGGAAUACACUCGCAACCGUGCGCGUCUUGGGGUGCGAGCAACAAAGCUCGAUGACGAUAGUUGCAACGAUACCAGUACAAGCUCAUUGUCCAGCAAUAGCACCGCCGUACUUUCUGGGCACAAUGGGCGGUCGAGGGAAAGCACGAGUAGUAGUUUACCCCCCAGAAGGAAAAUCUUAAGAAGAAAAUCAAGUCACCGUGUCCGUUCUGCGACCGGGAGGAACUCAGUACCCAAAUCCGAGCGCGGUGGAGUCCAGCGCACACGGGCAAGUGCUCAAACAUACGCGGCGGUGGUAGCGAGUGGGGGGUCGGUAUCGAGUGUUCCUAACAGGAGGUCUGCACGCACACGAGCACGCACCAACACACGCACCAACGCACGCACAGACUCAAGCUUGAACACCCUUGCGCCUAUCUCAACCAAAGAGAAUGAGAAAGUAGCCCCUGUGAAUAGGGAGGUGGUCCAGAGCACACCGCAUACAAAGGGUGGACUGAUGGGCUUCGAAGUGACGCUGUCGCAGACGCGCAAAAACCAGCGAUACGGGCGAACGCUCUCGGAAGAGAAUCCCCUGCACAUGCCCCUGAGUGUACCGGUGGAGUACAGCAUGAUUGUAAAUCAGAGCAAUGUGGUCGUGCGGGGUGACGGGGAGGUGUCAUCGGAUCUGUUCAAGCCAGAUAAAACACAGGCGCCGCCUCUGGCUAUUGAGGAACGCAGUCAGAAGGAAGUGUCCCAGGCGAGGAGACGGACUAAUAUGGAGAAGGAGCAGAAAAAAGCCGAAGCCAAAAUGGCAAAAGAGAAGGCGAUGGAAGAGGAGAGAGAACGGUACCGUUUGCAACGACAGCAGAAAUUGCAACAGAAAGCCGCGGCUGAGCGCAAGAAGAAGCAGCGCGUGUUAGAGGAAAACAAAACAAAAAGCCGGGAAAAGAUUCAGAAAAGGCGUCAAAAAGGCUUAAACUCAUCGGUCGUGAAAGAAGAACAACGCUGUAAACGGAAAGCUAGUCAUCGCCGUGUACAUACUCCUGAGGGGCACACACGGAAACGAGCACGGAUGAAGAAUUCUUACACCCACACACAGCAAGAAACGACCGGCGCAGAGAGCAGCGGAAGCUCCGAGGAUAGUGAAGACGAUGAUGUAUCCAUUGUUGCACGGGUGUCUGGGAUGAAAACUACAUCCCCUAUGGACACAGGGAGUGUCCGCAGUAGCAACAGUACCGACACUGGCAGUGACAGUGGCAGUGAUACUGAUAAUGAUAGUGAGAAUGACUUAGCCAGCAGUAUCACCGAUGAUGAGAGUGUGCGAGGCACAGACAGUAUUAACGCUAUUGGAGGGAAAGGGGCCACCAGCUCUAGCUUUGAUCGUAUGGGUACCUUGAACGGCGGGCAUGAUGAGGCGGUUGUGGUGGUCACAGGGCGUGGAAAGGGGAAUAUGGAGAUGCGCAGGUUUGUGAAGCUUGAAGGGAAUGAGAAAGUGAUCAGCGCUCACAGACUGGAGAGUAUAGCAUGGCACCUUAGGAUCCGUUUUGGCCCCAAUCUGCGGUUACUACAGAAUAAACACUACAUGAGCGAUUGUGCACUCUUGAGGAGAGAAUCAGCACAGCUGAAGCGUCUAUGUUUACGUGCCAAAGGUGUGAAAUCAUAUGGUGCUGUUCCGCACGAGCGCCUGCAACAGACCUCUUAUUCAAUGUCUGCGUCCACCACAACAGGCUUAGACGUGACUGCAAAUGUAAAUAAGGCCACGCCUAAUUCUACAGGCACAGCCGUAGGAUCAAACAUAAGUACAAACUCGGGUAUGAAUGCGACUGCAAGUGAAGCACCAAGUGUUGGUGCUGCGGGGAGUGCUGAUCCUGGUGUGGUAGUAGAUAUAAUACAUAUGGAAGAGGAGAGCGAUGAGUGUGACUGGGAAAGCCAAGACACUGAAUGGGAUGGUUAUCUAAGCGAUGAUGAGCUAUUGGAGGACGCUUGGAUCGUGCGCAGAGACCUCCGAGUCGCUGAGGCGAACCUGGCGGGAUAUAGAGAAAGGAUUGAGGAUGGUGGCGAUACCACUGAUGAUGAGGAUAUGAAUGAGGAAUCGGAAUUACUACACCAAGUGAACAUACUCACCGAGAGUCUGAAUAGUCAAAACGGACUGUUGCGAAACCGAUACCGUUUGUUUGCACACGCUCACCAUGGAGAUCUGUCUCCGAUCAGAAGACGUGAUUCCAUCGAAGAAAGUAUAUCUCAACGUGACACCGGUCCAUCACUUUAUUUGUCACCUGGGCACACCGAUAUAUAUGAAGCAGCUAACAUACAGUUGCAUCUCAACGCUGAAAGCUCACAGACGACCCGGGGAGUGCAGGGCGAGUCGGAGAAUCACACACGCACACCCACGCCAGCCUUGUUCAAAACAUCGCGGUCUAUGCUUGCCACCGCUAGUCCUUUCAGCACUGAGACUGUGAGGGCUGGUAAAAAAAGUGCAGGUGUUGAACGGGAUCCUGCAGGGAAUGCCGCCACGAUCGCAAACAAUGUGGAAGGGAUCACAGGUGUAGUUGGGACAGCGGGAAUGAAUGUCACCACCACAAUCGACGAGCUUGUAGAAGCAAGGGAGAGGCUGGAUGUGAUGAAAGAACGCCUUAAUAAGCACCAGAUUUUUGUUUGUGGCAUUUACAG